AUGCCACGUUCUAAUAAAAGAAAACAGCAAAUAAGUGCAUUGUCCAGAAAACAAGGUCGUUAUACACCGCAAGGAAUGGUGCAAGAAGUAGAAAUGAUGGACGAUGAAAUAUCACUAAUGGAAGUAAUGAAAGAUGAAGUAAUACGGGAAACUCCUAUAAUGCAAAAAGAGACUGCUGAAUUAAAGCCUGAUACAUCAUUAAGUAUGAAAGAAUCACCUAAUUCGUCACACCUGUUUCCAGCUGUUGAUAUUAUAAAACGACUACAAUUAUCACAACCACCUUCAGCAACAUUGUUAGCCAACGCUUUAUCAUUAGUAUUACGAUCAUCAUCAUCAAGAUCGUCUAUUGAAAUUACGGAACCAAAAUCCUCUCAAACGGCUACACAUAAUUCACUAUCUAUUAAUAAAAAAAAUUAG